ACGCCCUACACGUGCGCUGAGUGCGGGAAAAGCUUCAGUCAGAACUCGGACCUUAUCAGACAUCAGAGAAUCCACACAGGGGAGACGCCCUACACAUGCGCUGAGUGCGGGAAAAGCUUCAAUCGGAGCUCUGCCCUUAUCAGACAUCAGAGAAUCCACACAGGGGAGACGCCCUACACGUGCUCUGAGUGCGGGAAAAGCUUCAAUCAGAGCUCACACCUUAUCAGACAUCAGAGAAUCCACACGGGUGAGAAACCUUAUGAAUGCUCUGAGUGUGGGAAAUGCUUCAUCGAUAGUUCAGCCCUCAUCUCACAUCAGCGAAUCCACACAGGAGAAGCACCCCACACAUGCUCUGAGUGCGGGAAAAGCUUCAGUCGGAGCUCAAACCUUAUCAAACAUAGGAAAAUCCACACAGGUGAGAAACCUUAUGGAUGCUCUGAGUGUGGGAAAUGCUUCAUCGAUAGUUCAGCCCUCAUCUCACAUCAGAGAAUCCACACAAGGGGGACGCCUUACACGUGCGCUGAGUGCGGGAAAAGCUUUAGUCAGAGUUCUGUCCUUAUCAGACAUCAGAGAAUCCACACAGGAGAGAAGCCCUACAUAUGCUCUGAGUGUGGGAAAAGCUUUAGUCAGAUCUCAGACCUUAUCAGACAUCGUAGAGUCCACACAGGAGAGAAGCCCUACACAUGCCAUGAAUGUGGGAAAAGCUUCAGUCGGAGCUCUGCCCUUAUCAGACAUCAGACAAUGCACACAGGUGAGAAACCUUAUGAAUGCUCUGAGUGUGGGAAAUGCUUCAUCGAUAGUUCAGCCCUCAUCUCACAUCAGCGAAUCCACACAGGAGAAGCACCCCACACAUGCUCAGAGUGCGGGAAAAUCUUCAAUCGGCGCUCACACCUUAUCGUACAUAAGAGAAUCCACACAGGAGAGACGCCCUACAUGUGCUCUGAGUGUGGGAAAAGCUUUAGUCAGAGCUCUGCCCUUAUCAAACAUCGAAGAAUCCACACAGGAGAAAGGCCCUACACAUGCUCUGAGUGUGGGAAAAGCUUUAAUCAGAGCUCACACCUUAACAAACAUAGGAAAAUCCACAUGGGUGAG